UCUUAUUCAAGGGUGUCAAAAGUCACGAGCGUGUCACUGUCAGAAUAUGGGAAUAACUGCUCUUUCCUGCCUUGGUCGCGUCUGCUACUCCAAGUCUAAGUCUACUCCCGGCCAUGUACAGCUACAGUCACUCGCUCCUGUCCGACUACUAGCACGCAAUUAUGGACAGACCUCGCCUGCGCACGUCUGCCUCACCGCCUGUCUCCCCUCCUUUGUCGCCCACCGUCUCCAGCUCGUCUGUCUCUCGCGUUUCGCCUAUUCAGCGCAGGACUCAGCCGCUCAAGUCUCAAAUUCCAAGUCUGCCCAGACGUCUGCUUGUUCCGACAUUCUGCUCCAAACCAGCUCUACCCGACCUUGAGCUCCGUCCAGUCAAGAGCAAGUCUAGUAGUAACAGACUUACUAGGGGCCGAGCGGACUCUGCACCGCCAGAACCCCUACAGUCCGAGUUUAGGGAUGAGAGGCGCUGGUUCAAUAUCGACGUCCAGUUUGAAGUGGUGGAAGAAGACGUGAAGAUCUCCGGUUACCAGAUAUUUGCAGUAGAGAAGUGGAUCGUCGACCGUAGUCGAACAACUGUCUUACUUACUGUCUACACUGGUGACCCGAAAGACACGAUUACUGUAACCGCUCUUGCUCCUGAGGCUUCACUCUCAGACAUCGAAGCACGCCAGGAAUGGGAAAGGAUUAUCCACGAGCUUCGUAAGGAUGGUGCUCGACCGCGCGAGACGGAUGAAGGCCUCAUCAUGGUCACGUCUCUUGCAAAUUUUCGAUCCGAUUACACCGUGGUACAUAUUCCGGACGGAGACUUUCUUGCACAUCGCCAACAACUUUACGUGAAUAUCAAUUUGCUGCGCAUGGGAUGCAGCGGAAGGAGCGCAUUAACUCUGCAGGAACCAAGUGAUGCGACGAAAGAUCGGUUCAUUUCUAUGUUCCAUUUCGGCGAUGCAAUGCGAACUGGGGCACGUUUCAGACAAACUGUCUUAGAGCUUGUUCGGCUGAUUCAGUGUGGGCUAUCUCUAUUCGAUUUAUUCCCAGUAGAUUUUCAAGAACAAGACGGCCUCCUCUGUGACAAUACGGUAGAGGGGAUCCAGAAAUGGAUAGCUAAUGUUGGCGAGCCGUACAUGAAAGUCGAGCCUACAGAAAGAGUGGCAGAUCCCUCAAUUGUCUCUGCUAUCAUAAGCCUCGCACUUUCAGUGCGUAACAAACUUAGUGCAAUUGGGUUUCAGAACGUCCCCAAGGAUCCGUUCCUUCACCCCCGUCGAUUUACACGAUCUCUCGCUGCUUAUGUCAACCAGCGCCUUGCUCAACCCCCAUCCGCUUCAAGUGGGACAACUAUUCACCAUGCUUACCUGAAUCUGGCACUAAUCAAGCAUAUCGACGUGGCGUAUGAAAAGUACAAAUCAUCGGAAGCAUACAAGCUCCAUCGUGUUGUGCUUAAUAAAUUGGAUGACAUCACUUCCGUGACAACCUCAGCUAUGACAAGUUCGAAAGAUCCAUCUCAUGGAAGAUCCAUGUCACUAUCUCUUUCUGCGAAAGAAAGGGAAGCGGAGAGUCUAGUUGAGCCGACUUCCGAUUUGGCGGGCUUCAUUAGUAAAAUCGGAGCUCUGCGUAGAAAAGACUGUGGGGCGAGUGUUAGAUAUUUAUGGGUGGGAAAGUUCGACCAGUUAGAAAGGAAGAGGCAGGAGAGCAUCUGGAGUGAUGCAGAGGAGGAAAGAGAAAAGGAGCGGGAACGAAGCGAUUCGGAGGAUGAAGGAGAUACUCCAGGCGUGUUUCCCUGGCCCAGCAAGGUGACAAAGAAGAUUGAGAAUUGGGCAGGAGAAUUUGGGAGGAGUAGGCUGAAGAAGACAAGCGUAGAUAUGACACCCUCAAAGGGGAAGAGGCCAGAGAAUGUAACAAACGACUCAGUCGUCCCGUUUGUGGUUGUUUCAAGGGAACAGGACGGGCCAAUGUCAGGAUUCAGCAGCGGCCAAGCAUCACCUAUCUCUCCUUCCGCCUCUUAUAACAACCUAGGCAUAUUCUCUUCAGCGCAUGCAUCAGCACUUGGGAUUGACGAGGAAGAAUACAGUCAACGCGUAAAACGGUUCAACAGGAAAUGGCCUAGCCCAGUCACGCCAGUACGAAAGCGAGCAUUCAGCUGGGCGGACCAGCAGAGUGCUGUAGGUUUACUGGACGAGGUAUACGUAGACAUAAAAGCAAUGGAGGCAACCGUGUUCCCGUUUGGUAUUAGCUACGAUCCGAACGUCUUUCUGUGGACGAAGAACAUCCCGACUCCUGGCGGGGAGAAGCCACCGAAACCAAAGAAGCCGAAAGAACCGUUCGUUCACAAGCUCAAGAGGUCGAAUAGUUCCGAUGACCUCGUUUUUGUCGACCCCGACGAGAUCUUAUCGAGAGAGCGCUUGCAAACGGAUGUUGAACUUUGCAUUCAAUGCCUCAUCAUGCAUAGGCGUAAAGCCCAUGUCGAAGCUGUUAUUACUGUCUUACAGGCUCUCAUUCAAAGUAGCUCAUCCACAAAUGAGAUGCUCUUGAAAUAUCACGAGGAGCACAGUGACCUGCUAAAGGAACUAGCAGAGAAGUGCCAAAUUGCGGCCGAUAUAGAAGAGGCCAUCUCCACCACGGACUCGGCUUCAGCAGAUACGGAUGCGCUACGCUACGAAGCGAACUUCCUUGACGUUGCUGGCUUGUGGCGCAUGGCACAGACUCCCCGAUUACGGGUCUUCGCUAUUCGGGAUCGUGUGUUCGGCGUACGGAAUCGACGACGUUUUCCGCUUUCCACUCCCGGCCAAGUACACAUCAGCGGGCAUGGGCGUUUUAACCGUGUACAGAAGCGGCUGGACGGGAGUGAGCGGUUGGUGGACUUCUUGGGUCGUACAGAAAGUGAAGUGGAGGAAGAGGGCGAGUUACCUGAGGACUUACGCCUCGAAGGCGAGGACGAUAGUGAAGACGAUCAUGAGUUGCGGAUACAUACCGAGUCCGAGGGCGCUCAAGAAGGUCGAUUCCAAGCGUUGAACAAUUGGUUACUUGCGCUAUUCACGAAGUGGGGCCGCGUAUUGGGCGGUGGUGGUGCUACACACCCUACACACCCUGAGCCGCGGACUGUAAUGGGAGAUAACCAUGCUCCACCCGAGAAGGAAGCGAAACACGAUUUCGAUGAGGUCGACGGCCCCCAAUCAGACUUGCCUAUCGAUGAUCAAUAUAAGACACCCGCUCGUCGGACACCCAAUUUUAUUGCCAACGGGCAUCAUCAUCGGCUUAGCACUGUCGGCGAAGAGGAAGAACCGAUUAGCAUGCCCAACACACCGACGAUACCGGGACUGCCACGUCUUCAUAGUCGUUGAACAUCGGGUCUGCUUCUUGAGAUCUUGUGAGGCUGUUGGGUUGCACUGUUAUGAUCAUCGUUAUUUUUUUGAGGGAUCGAAUCGAGCUGUAUCAUUAUGUCUUGUUAUUUUCUGCUUUUGCUUUGCUUUGCACGUUUA